GACCCGCUUCCCAUUCAUUUGCCGUGAUAGAAAAGUGAAAACGAACCAAAAUUCAUUUGCCGACCCGCUUGCAUUCUUGCUUGCUUUUCUUCAACUUGAAAAAUCCCAAGUACCGGUGCCAAAUACAUUAACACACUUGACACAGCCCAACCAAAACAACUGAUAAUGGCGCUCAUAGAAGCCGAUGAACUUCUCCGUCUCCAGAAGGUGUCACUGACAAGGGAAGAAGCAGAAAUACUAAAUUCUUGGAGGAACAAUGCUAUUAGGGAUUUGGGUAUCGGCAUGGGUAUUGCUUCCAUUGCUAGUUGGUUAGUAACUGGAAGGCUAAAUAAUUUUUUUCGUGCUAACAUCGCAGCAGCUGCUGGUAUCUCUUUCGGCCUAUGGAGAUGUUCCAAGUCCCUGGAAUCAAGUGUUGAACAGAGUCUCUCACUGCAUGGAACUCGAUUGCAAAGAGAAGUAGCUGGAAUAAUGGUGAAAAAGUACCCACACGAUUCUUGGGGAAUGCAACUUGUCUCCAAAUAUUUUGUCUCUGAGAAUGUUUACGAUGAUUCAUCAUCAGACAUGCCAAAACAAAGGUGGCGCUUAAGGAAUUUCUUUAGUGCAAAUUUGGAUUCUUUCCAAAGGACAGUAGAAGACUCUUAUGAGAACGCAACUCAUUUGGAGGGGAAUAAUAUGAAAAAACCUACUGCCGGAGAAGAUUCUUUUGUUUCCAGAAGAAAAACCAACCAGAAGUCUGAUCUUGAGCAAAAGAAAGUCGGUAUGACUGCAGAUGACGAUGCAACAUCAGACCCGUUUGACUGUAUUUUCGGGCCUGCUGACAACGUGGAUGAGAUUCAUCACCAAUCCCCCGAUGCAUCCCACACAUUGCCUCGAAAACAUGGUAGAAGCCACAGGCGAUCUCGCCGCAGGCAUCAGACACACCACCAGGAGACUUCUGACCCGCACAACCAGUCUUGACACUUCAGGUGCUCCCGACUUGUUUUAUGGCGUACUGGACGUGCUUAUGACUCAGAAGAAGACUUUCUUGUACUGUUAGAUUGUGUAUGAAUUGAUGGUUUAUCAAAUCUUACUGUUAAUUCACAAGGCUACUUAGAUAAUAAAUGGAUUUCAGCAGAUAGCUUGGUGUAGUGAGUGAUAGCUGCUUGUACAUAUAGGUAAAAAAAAAACUGUAAAGCCAAUGAGGCUAUGAAUUAUGAUUAUGAUUUAUAUUUAAAUUAAGUAAUCUUUACUGAAUAUGCAAUGGCAAUGUGUGGUAAAA